CUGAUGCAAACCGAAGAAUAAGACAACACGGAAACACAUGGUAGCCAGCGUUGGGGAUCAAACCUUUGGAGCUCUACUGGAUGUUUGAGCCUAUUUUCUUUUAAUCCCAGAAAUAUUAUCUCUGUUUGACAGAAAAACACACCGGCUUGUUUUUUUAUUUUUAUUUUUAUUUAAGUUCAGCCCGGAUCGCUGACAUCAUGGUUCGAGUAUUACGAGCCAAAAAACAGAAGAGGCCCAAAAAUGUGGAGCAGUUUGAUGAAGAUGAUCCCAAAGCCUACGGAAACAUGCCAGUUCCUGACAAGAGGUCAUCAGAGUUUUAUAAGGACAAGAUCGAUGAGUUUCAUGAUGAGAAGAUCGCUAAACUUCUCGCUCAUGGAGUUCAGAUGGAGAGUGACGUGGAGGAGCUAGACGAUGAGGAGGAGGUGAUGGCUCUGGACGAGUCGGAGUCAGAGGAAGAGGAGCAAGAGGAGGCAGAGGAGGAGGGGACGGAUAUGGAGAGUGAUCUGGAGGAGAAAAAGGAAGAAGAUCUUCCCAGUGAGAUGGCGUGGGGCACCAAGAAGAAAAUGUUCUACAACACGGAUUAUGUCGUCACUAAGGGGAGACCACAGGAAGAGUUGGACGCUGAGGAACAGGAGGAGGAGGAAGAAGCAAAAAAUAUCCAGAAACGUUUAGCCGAAAAUCUGAGUGAGGAGGAUUACGAUUUAAACUUUCUCCAGGAGUUUGCAGUGGAGGAGAAGGAUGAAGACAAACCUGUGGAGAAACAGGAGAAAAUUGUGAAAGAUUUGAAGCAGAUGUCUCUGAAGGAAAAGAUGAAACUUUUAAAGAAAGAAUCACCGGAGCUGCUGGAGCUCAUCCAGGACUUCAAGGCAAAGCUCACUGAACUGAAGGAUGAGCUGGAGCCGAUGAUGCAGAUGGUCAAAAACGGGAAGAUCCCUGCAGGACAGUGGGCGGACUACCUGGAGACAAAACAGCAGCUUUACCUCAACUACUGCACCAACAUCAGCUUCUACUUGGUGCUGAAAGCAAAACGGAUCCCUGCACACAACCACCCUGUGAUCGAACGGCUGCUCACCUACAGAAACCUCAUCAAUGAACUGAGUGCAGUAGAUGCUCAUCUGGCUCCAGAGUUUCGCAAACUUCUAGCUGAAGAUGAGAAAGAUGAUGAAAGCUCAAAGAGAAAAACAGAGGGCAAGAAGACCAAAGUACCAAAACAAAAAGACUCUGGAGAAACUCCACCUGAGAACAGCGACUCGGACUCGGACUUGGACGAAGAGGCAGCUCUGCGUUUCUACAAAGAAGUGGAGGAACGGGUGAAACUGAAGAGGAAGAGCAAAAACCCAGAAGCGCUGGAGGAAAAUGAUGAUGAUGAGGGGGAUGAAGAGCUGGAUCAAGAUGCCAAAAGAGGAAUCACUUAUCAGAUGGCCAAGAACAAGGGGCUGACGCCCAAGAGGAAGAAGAUCGACCGGAACCCCAGAGUCAAGCACAGAGAAAAGUUCAGACGGGCCAAAAUCCGCAGGAGGGGACAGGUUUGUAUCGCAUGCGGCGCUGAAGGAAUCAUGUCAGACUGUCAUCCGUACGGUUUUUCUAACCUGCGUUUGUUCUCACCAGGUGCAAAGUGUCCGUAAGGAGGAGACGCGGUACGGAGGCGAAGCGUCUGGGAUUCGGGCCGGUGUCAAAAAGAGCACCAAGCUCAAGUAGCCAGCAGCGAGUCCAGAGAGUUGAGUUGUUAUUGGUCAAUAAUCCUGAAAUCACACGUUUUUCUGAUGACAUUAAUAAACACUCAAACAACCU